AUGAAUUCCGAUAUCGACCAUCUUGUCCACGGUAUGUUACAUAUCCUAAUGAAUCAUCCAACGUCGUUUCCAUUCAUUCCGUAUCGCGCUAUGGACAUAGCGUUUAAAAAUGUGGCACAGAAAUUAGGCGAAGAAGAAGUGAAUACGUUAACCAAACCGCUUCUUUUGGCUCUUGAAGAACAUCAUCAAACGAAGUCGAAACAGCCGAUGACGUUUAAGUUAAGCGACGAAACCAAGGAGAAAAUCGAAGAUGCUCUGGACAAGUUUUUAGAUGAAGGUGAAUUUGACGCACAUUUGUGA